AUGACAGGACUGUUGAAGUCGUUCAGCAUCUUCAUACCACAUCUAGUUGAGCUGAUGGGAACGAGCUAUGCUGUCAUUGGGCUGGUGUGUAGUGUAGCCGAUUCACUGGGGUGCCUGGCGGCGCCACUGGGGGCCUUCAUCUUGAAGCGAGUGACUGCUCGAAAGUUGGGUGUCUUCGGUGCCCUUCUCUGCAGUAGUGGGACGAUAGGAGCUGCCUUCUGUACUCGAGUCCUUCCUCUUGGUGUGUGCAUGGCCACUUUAGGUUUAGGAAACGUAUUCUUGGUGAUAACCAUAACGACCAAUCUCCAUCAACACUUCCUUGCCAAGUUUGAUGUCAUCAACACCAUUUCCCUGAUCGGAUCACCCACUGGUGCCUUCAUCACCCCGGUGAUCACCGAGAACCUCCUGGAGAUCUACGGGUUGGCCGGUACUAUACUGAUUCUCGGAGGAUUAAGUCUUAACCUGGUCGUAUGUGCCCUCGUUCUCCGGCCACCAAGGAGAAAAAAGAGGUGGAAGAAGGGAGAAAAUGACAUAGAAUACAUGCGCGUCCAGAAACGUUACAACGACGCUAAUAAAAGGGAAGCCGUUGAAGAUGGCGUGAACAGCGUCCACGACAUGUCUUCCAAAAGCAACACUGACGAUAUAAAAACCAAACAAAGGACUACAUCCUGGAUCGACUACAUCUUCGACAUCACAAACCUAUCUGUCCUGCGAAGGACCCCGAGUUUCGUGCUCCUCCUGUUGCCAAACCUGUUGAUGAUGGUCGUGUGGAUGGGUUGGACCUUGUUCCUUGUGCCUCACGCCGAAUCACUGGGCAUUAGCCAGUCCAGGGCUGCCUAUCUUGCCAUGCUCGGUGGGAUCGGCGGCAUCACUGGCCUUGUCUGUACAUCCAUCUUCCUCGUCUUCUAUCCCCAAGUCGGUCUGAAGCUACCCGCUGCUACCUCCCUGAUCGGCGCUUUUGUUUUCUUCCUGGACCUUGCAAGCAGCCACUAUGUCUUUCAGGCUAUUCAUGCAUUUCUGAUCGGUGUCUUGAUCUACCACACCAGCGUCUACAUCUCAGUCGGGGUCAAGUAUGCCUUGCCGAAUGAGGACUUCACCAUGGGAUUUGGUUUAGCAUUAUUCUUCUAUGCUAUUGGGACCAUCACGGGAGGGAUGGGUUCAGGUCUCAUUUACGACCUGACGCAGGAUUACAAGUUGGUCUUCGUUGCAUUUGGUUUAGCUGAGGUUCUCAUCUCACUAUGCUAUAUCGGGUUUGUCGUUGUUCAGAGCUGUCAGCGAAAGAAGAAGGAGGAUUUGACCCUAAAUGGAUCCAAGCAUUUGGAAUAUAAACUCUAACGAGAAUUCAUAGAUGAUUUGAAAUUUCCUAAAACGCAUUAUAUCAGAAAUAUAAUAUUUUUUUAAAUCAGCAUUACAUUAACUGUUAUUACUAUUCAGAAAAUAACUGCUACAUGAGCGGAUACAAGAUUGAUCUGGGGGGGGGGGAGCAUUUUUGCAACAAUAAAAAUGGCAAUGAAGACAACGGAAAGAAAAGGGAUUGGGGAAGGGAAGGGGAGCGAGACCUAUUUGGCCCCCUCUAGGAUCACGCUUGAAACUCUCCAGAGCGCAGUUCUAUGUUGUUUUUUGUUUUGUAUCCCUUUGUUUUUUCUAGUCGAAGUAAACAUUAGCUUGUGGUUAUUACACUAUUACAAAUAAUUGAAACAACGCUGUUGACUAUGUGAAUCGCACAGUAGUUGUUAAAACAAGUGUUUAAAAUCUUAAACAACCAUGCUUAAAUUAUUGAUAAUCAGAUAUUUGAAUUUACACUUUGUUGUUUAAGAUUUUUAAAAACUUGUUUAAAAUGUUUAAACAACUACUGUGCGAUUCACAUAGUAAACAGCGUUGUUUAAGUUAAUUUUAACAGUGUCAUUUUCUUGUCAUUUUCAUCAUCAUUAUCAUCAUCAUUACCAUUAUCAUAUUCAUCAUCAUCAUCUUCUUCUUCAUCGCAUAAUCAUCAUCUUCAUCUCGUCAUCAUCAUCAUCAUCAUCAUCAUCAUCUGAUCAUUAUAUAUCGCAUGUGCUGGCACAUAUUGUACAAAGGAGAACCGAUAUUUUAGUUCAUCAGACUUUUUGAAAGAUCAUUAUUAUUCUUUGUAUCUAAUCUCAGGAAGCCAUUUGAAUUUUGCCUAUGUUGGUCGAUUUUGGUAAUUGUGUGUAAAAGUUAUUACAUUACAGACUUUUACUGGUUAUUAUACAGGGUAUAUACAGUAGAUAAUGAAGCAUAUACGUUUUGAUGAAAAAAUUACCAAGACAUUUCAAAUCUGUUUAUUACCAAGAUAUGGAUUAACUAAUGAUGAGUCAUGCGUUUCUCCAUAGAUGUUCAAAUCAUGUAUAGUUUUAAUAAUGCACGUUUCCAUUAUAAGAUACUAAGCUAUUCAAAUUGACACUCGAUUUCAAAUCGUUAUUCUGUACAUUGUUCUCUCAAAGAAAGAUUCUUUAUUUAUCUCGUCUUGAUUGCAUCAAACAUGUCAAAUCGGGCAACCUAAGCUGUCGAAUCGAAAAUCUUUUUAAAAUCUAGUUUCCAUAUUGAUGAAGUAAUAGUCACUCAGCAUGCUCGUUGUAUCUAAAUAAUCUAGUUACGUUCGGAAGCAAGUGUUGCCCCCUCCCUCCCCCCUAAAAAUAAAAAAUUAAUUAAUAAUAAUAAGGUAUGAUAAUAAUGACCAACGCACAUGCCGCAUUUCAAAUCCCAUGGUGUUUCAGGAAGCUAAUUGUGAAAUAAUGAAUAACUUUUAUUAUGUACCACUCGAAAAUAGCAAGCCAGGAAUCUUAUUUCCGACUUCGCGAGCUUGACCUGAUAGAAAUAUUUUCGUAUUGACCAUCUUUCUUUGCAAAAGAAAUUUAUAUAGAAAUAUACAUGCAGUAAAUCUGGAUGUAUUUAUGCAAUGUUUUAAUGUAUUGAUUAUAAUACGGGUCCUGAUGGAAACCAACAAAAUUUGACUCGGGCUAACCUUUUAAAAAAAUAUGAGCGAUAAAUGAAAUAAUCUAAUAAUAUUCAAUAAAUUACAAUUAUAUUAUGUUGAUAGGCACCGUACUUCAGCUGCAGGGACGAGAUAUUUUCUUCUGCUCUCACUCUUUUUACUUACAUUUUUAAUAAAACAGGAAUCAGAAGAAAAAGUAGCUAUACAGUGCGUCCCAGAAAAAACGAAACCGAGAUUAAGCGAUGAUUUAUCAUAACUUAAACACAAAUAAAAUAGACAAAUGACCUAUCAAUGUAAAGCUUAGAAUCUCCUCUUUCAUCUGAUAUUACUUAGAGUAUUCCUCAUUCACGCAUGAGUGAGCAAAAACAAUUUGAACAAAGGAUACCAAAAACUCAUUUGGCGGGGGGUAUCUGAAUUUCAAAAAGAAAAUCACAUGCCUAAAAAGUUCAAUAUCUGCUCUUUUAUUUGAUACCUUAAUCACAAAAAAUGGUCAAGAAGUAAAAAAGUUAUGUUACCUCGAAACAAUGCUUGUAUUUCCAUAAUUUCAUUACAUAAACGUGUUUUCACCGGUUUCCCACAGAAGCUAUCGCAUGGUUAACAAAAGACGUAACGCAUGGCUGAUCGUCAACAAAACCGAGUGUCAAGUGAGUUUGAACGCUUGCCUGUGGAACCUCUUCAUUUCAUGAAAUUAUUGAAAUUCAAGCCUUUUUUCAAAUAGCCAGAACUUUGUAAUUUCUCGACCAUUUUCUGUAAUUGAGGUAUCAAAUUAAAGAGCAGAUAUUGAACUUUUUGACAAUGUGGUUUUCUUUUUGAAACCCAGAUACAGCCCGCCAAAUGACUUUUCGGUAACCCCUCUUCAAAUUGUUUUUGCUCACUCAUGCGUGAAUGAGAAAUAAUCAAAGUAAUUUCAGAUGAAAGGGGAGAUUCUAAGCUUUACAAUGGUAGGUCAUUUGUCUAUUGUAUUUGUGAUUAAGUUAUGAUAAAUCAUCGCUUAAUCUCGGUUUCGUUUUUUCUGGGACGCACUCGUUU